GGCUCUAAUAGCCGGAAGUCGUCAUCACUGUUUUUGUUGCUAGUGGGGACUGUUGUGUUGUGAAAAUGGCGACGCCUCGUCGCUCCUCUCAGCAGCAGUCAAACUCCCUGCUGUCUUCCCCGCCCCGCAGCUCCUCUCUCCCCGUCACACUGCCCGGCUCUCCUGCGUCUCCCACCGAAGAUGCCGCCCCGCUUCCCCGCGGUGCAAAUGCGACGGAGAGCGUGGCUGACGGUGAGGUAACGCCGGCCUCUCCCAGCAGCACCUCCCCAUCUCCGGCCCUCACAGCCAGCAGCAGCAGCUCCAGCAGCAGCAGCAGCAGGAUUAGCAGCAGCGCUAGCUCCCCGACCGCUACCACCACCGAAGGAAGCGACACCAGUCCAGGUUCCCCGCCCAGCUCUGGUAGCGGUAACACCGGGAGUAGCAGCAGCGGGGACGGCAGUGCUUAUGGAGCCUUCAGGGAGCUGUUUGAAGCCUGUCGGAACGGCGAUGUUUCCAGAGUCAAGAAACUUGUGGAUACUAUGAACGUGAACGCCAAAGACAUGGCUGGACGCAAAUCCACGCCCCUGCACUUUGCUGCAGGUUUUGGGCGGAAAGAUGUUGUGGACCACCUGCUCCAGACGGGUGCUAAUGUGCACGCCAGAGAUGAUGGGGGUCUGAUCCCGCUUCACAACGCCUGCUCCUUCGGUCAUUCUGAGGUGGUGUCUCUGCUGCUAUGUCAAGGGGCGGACCCGAACGCACGAGACAACUGGAACUACACACCGCUGCACGAAGCUGCUAUCAAGGGCAAGAUAGACGUCUGCAUAGUUUUACUGCAGCACGGAGCCGACCCCAACAUCCGCAACACUGACGGCAAGUCUGCCCUGGACCUGGCUGAACCGUCUGCCAAGGCUGUGCUCACAGGUGAAUACAAGAAGGAUGAGCUGCUGGAGGCGGCAAGGAGUGGAAACGAGGAGAAGCUAAUGGCCUUACUUACACCACUAAAUGUCAACUGUCACGCCAGCGACGGCCGCAAGUCCACGCCAUUGCACCUGGCAGCAGGAUACAACCGAGUGAGAAUAGUGCAGCUGUUGUUGCAGCACGGAGCAGAUGUUCACGCCAAGGACAAGGGUGGGCUGGUACCUCUUCAUAAUGCUUGUUCCUAUGGACACUAUGAAGUCACUGAACUUCUUCUAAAGCAUGGAGCUUGUGUGAAUGCCAUGGAUCUGUGGCAAUUCACUCCUCUGCAUGAAGCAGCGUCUAAAAACCGUGUGGAAGUCUGCUCUUUGCUGUUAAGCCACGGGGCUGACCCGACCCUGCUUAACUGCCACAGCAAAAGCUCCGUGGACAUGGCCCCCACUCCAGAGCUGAAGGAGAGGCUGACAUAUGAGUUUAAGGGCCACUCGCUCCUCCAGGCAGCUCGGGAGGCUGACAUGGCCAAAGCCAAGAAGACCCUGGCUCUGGAGAUCAUCAACUUCAAACACCCUCACACACAUGAAACUGCACUGCACUGUGCAGUAGCAUCACCACACCCUAAGAGGAAACAGGUCACAGAGCUGCUGCUGAGGAAAGGGGCCAACGUCAAUGAGAAGAAUAAGGAUUUUAUGACUCCUCUGCAUGUGGCGGCUGAACGGGCUCAUAAUGACAUCAUGGAGGUGCUACAGAAACACGGGGCAAAGGUGAAUGCCCUGGACACGCUGGGUCAGACGGCUCUGCAUCGCGCGGCGCUAGCUGGCCACCUUCAGACCUGCAGGCUGUUGCUAGGAUACGGGGCAGACGCCUCUCUGGUGUCACUGCAGGGCUUCACGGCUGCUCAAAUGGGAAACGAAGCUGUGCAGCAAAUACUCAAUGAGAGCGUCCCUGUGAGGAACUCAGAUGUGGACUACAGACUCCUGGAAGCCGCUAAAGCUGGAGACCUGGACACUAUCAAGUCAUUGUGCACUGCUCAGAAUGUAAACUGCAGAGACCUGGAGGGACGGCACUCCACUCCUCUUCACUUUGCUGCUGGCUACAAUAGAGUGUCUGUGGUGGAGUACCUGCUGCACCACGGGGCUGACGUUCAUGCCAAAGAUAAAGGUGGUUUGGUCCCCCUUCAUAACGCCUGUUCAUACGGACACUACGAGGUGGCUGAGCUGUUGGUCCGACAUGGAGCUUCCGUCAAUGUGGCAGAUUUGUGGAAGUUCACGCCGCUCCACGAAGCCGCCGCAAAGGGAAAAUACGAGAUCUGCAAGCUGCUGCUAAAGCAUGGAGCAGAUCCAACCAAGAAGAACCGAGAUGGGAACACGCCUCUGGAUCUGGUGAAGGAUGGGGACACGGACAUCCAGGACCUGCUGAGAGGAGAUGCUGCGCUGCUGGAUGCUGCCAAGAAGGGCUGCCUGGCCAGGGUGCAGAAGCUGUGUAGCCCAGACAACAUUAACUGCCGGGACACACAGGGACGCAACUCAACGCCGCUCCAUCUCGCAGCGGGCUACAACAACUUGGAAGUAGCAGAGUAUCUGCUGGAACACGGAGCGGAUGUGAAUGCACAGGACAAAGGAGGGUUGAUACCUUUGCACAACGCUGCUUCGUACGGGCACGUGGACAUCGCCGCCCUUCUGAUCAAAUACAACACGUGCGUGAACGCCACAGAUAAGUGGGCGUUCACCCCCCUCCACGAGGCGGCGCAGAAAGGCCGGACUCAACUCUGUGCUCUGCUACUGGCGCACGGAGCCGACCCCACCAUGAAGAACCAGGAGGGACAGACGCCGCUGGAUCUGGCAACGGCUGAUGACAUCAGAGCGCUGCUGAUUGAUGCCAUGCCGCCAGACGCACUGCCCAGCUGCUUGAAACCACAGGCCACUGUGGUGAGUGCGGGCGUGGUGAGUACAGGUGCAACGGCGGGGGUGGUGAUUUCACCAUCCCCGUCCCCCUCCUGCUUAUCAGCAGCCAGCAGCAUCGACAACCUGACCGCCCCCCUCAGUGACAUUGCGGGAACCGGUGUCACCAACGUCGCAGACGGAGCGUCCGGCUCCGACAGGAAGGAGAGCGACUCUCUGCUCGACAUGACCAUCAACCAGUUCUUGAAGAGUCUUGGCCUGGAACACCUCAGAGACAUCUUCCAGCGAGAACAGAUUUCCCUGGAUGUGCUGGCAGAUAUGGGUCACGAGGAGCUGAAGGAGAUUGGCAUCAAUGCCUACGGCCACAGACACAAACUCAUCAAGGGCAUCGAGAGGCUGCUGGGGGGCCAGCAAGGUGGAAACCCCUACCUGACGUUUCACUGCUCCAGCCAGGGUACAGUGCUCAUCGACCUGGCACCAGAUGACAAGGAGUUCCAGUCUGUCGAGGAGGAACUGCAGAGUACGAUCAGAGAGCACCGUGAUGGAGGCAACGCAGGCGGAGUCUUCAGCCGGUACAACAUCAUUAAGAUUCAGAAAGUGGUGAACAAGAAGCUGCGAGAAAGAUACGCACACAGGCAGAAGGAAAUUGCUGAUGAGAACCAUAACCAUCACAACGAGCGCAUGCUCUUUCACGGUUCUCCCUUCAUCAAUGCAAUAAUCCACAAGGGCUUUGACGAGCGUCAUGCCUACAUUGGGGGCAUGUUCGGUGCAGGGAUCUAUUUCGCAGAGAACUCCUCCAAAAGCAACCAGUACGUGUACGGAAUCGGAGGAGGAACAGGAUGUCCCACCCACAAAGACCGGUCCUGCUAUGUGUGUCACAGGCAGAUGCUUUUCUGCAGGGUGACUCUUGGAAAGUCAUUUCUUCAGUUCAGUGCAAUGAAGAUGGCCCACGCCCCCCCCGGUCAUCACUCCGUGAUUGGACGUCCCAGCGUGAAUGGACUGGCAUAUGCAGAAUACGUCAUUUACAGAGGAGAGCAGGCUUACCCAGAAUACUUGAUCACCUACCAGAUCGGGAAGCCAGAGAGUGUGGCGACGCCGGCAGCCACAGCUGAGCAGAAGUCCUAAAGCGCUGUGACCGCUGGAGCUGGAGGUGGCCAGCUGCUUUCUGAAAGACUAAAACUUGAACCUAAAAAAAGUCUAAAGCCUCAGAUCUGGAAAUCAAGUCCUCAGAGCUGAACUGGAGACGUACAAUGUGAAGCGAUCGCUGCACAGAAGCUAAACGACUCGCACAAAAUGUGUUUCGUGAACACCAGAUGACAGAGGAGGUUGGAAAGAUGAAGAUUUCUGAUUUGAAACACCAAAGCAGAAACAAUCUACCCCCCUUAAUCUUAAGGUUAAACCAACAGAGUUGCUUGUCGAUGUGAACAAAAAGCUGUUUUGCAGCUCCAAAAAGCACAGUCCAAAGCCAAACAAGCAUUCAGUUUUUAGCAUCAAUGAUAACAGGUGGGUUUGGCAUCCUGACCUGUUUUGCUUUAGUUCAUUAUUCCAAAACGACACCCACAGGGUCUCUUUAAGAGGCAGCAGCUGUCCUGCUGAGAGAGCUCGCCUUUGUGGAGGUCAGUGUUGAAGUUUUUAGGCUAACCGGGGAAAUGACCACAAGAGCAGAUCAGUGAGGAGGAAGGAAAAACUAUGAGACCAGAAUUCCCUUCUGUCCACACAGGGACCAAGCAGUCAGACCAAGAUCACCUCUGCAGCUCAAACAUGAAAAGAUAGGAGUUUUAACGUUUAUUUUUUUAAGGAUUUCAGGGACUAACAUUGUCAUGGAGUUGUGCUGCCUUUUUUUAAAAAAAGACAACAAGUCAGUUCAGUCUAAACAUGCUUCUCAACAUAACUCACAGAAACACAAGGACCAUGAAAUAUGUCAGAGUUUAUAAGAGUGGCCUGCAGGAAUCCCUUUUGGCAUGAAGCUCUUCAGCUGCAAACACUGCUGUCAUUUCACAUUAUAUCUUGGUGCAGUCUUUACAGAAAUGGUUACAUAAAACUGGAAGUGUCAGAAAACUUGAUUUUGAAGCUAAGCUGAUGCUUCACUGCACACGUCAUUUUAGGGGAUUUCUCUAAGAUCUAUGUAAACAUCACAUAAAGAAGACUCCAAAACAUGUAGACUGAAGGUAAUCCUUUACAUGAACGGAUCUUCUCUGUUGAAGAAUUGGAAUGUACGGAGUAAAAAAAAAGUCAAAGAAGGGGUCAUUUUCUUUAAAAUGCCCCAGUUUAUAACCCACCAAGUCGGGUUUGUGCCUCUCCUUGAACUCAUCUGCAAUCAUUUGUGAAGAUUUUUUAUGUUUUUUUUUAUUAUUAUUGAAAUGUUACUUGGAUAUGUGUUGUUGUUUACAUGAAACUGCUGCCUUCUCAGCCCAUUAUCAGCUGUUGCUGCCCUCUAGUGGCGGUUGAGUUUAUUUGUGCAGAACAUGAAUUUCAGUUUUAGCUGAAGAAGACGUCAUACAUGUAAGGAGUCAGUCCUGCAAAGCUGUGCAUUUCAGAAAUUCCAUACGUUUUUUUAUUUUAUUUUAUUUUUUGCAACAUUUGUUGUGAGAAUUGAAUGAGACAUUCAGCAGACACAUUGCAGAAGAAAUAUACAAGGAGACAAGAGGAUUGCUAUUGAUAAGUUGCACAUUUAAAAGUAAUAAAACCUAGAGAAAAAAAUGUAUUAACAAUUUGCAACACAAUGUCCUCCAUUCUGUAGAAUCCUGAUGUUUGGAGGUUGUUUUUUUUUUUUCAUUUCCACACAAACCCCCUUUUCUGUCAUUAUUUCAUCCAUAUUUGUUUUACUGAUGCUGUCUUUCCCACAGAGCCAUUUGAGUUGAGUUUUCUCUGAGUCGUAUUAAAUCAACCUGUACUGUCCUCAACCCUGCAAUCUUAAAGGAUGGCUGUUACUGGUUUUGACAGUUUCUCUUGAAAGUUCUCAACAAGUAGUUUGUCAUUUCAAGCUAUUUUUAAUAUGUAAGGUUCUCAAGAUUUUCUUGUUUUUUGCUCUCCCAACACACACAUAAUGAAUUGCUCUACACAAAACAGUGUAGUGGCACAUCUCAGCUAAUUAUGUAUAUAAUUAGGCUGGAUGGAAUACUAAAAAACUUAAUGAAAAUAAGGCGGGAAAGAGAAAAGAUUUGAGAUAAUCAAAUAUAUUUUCAUGUGGAAAACAUUGCUGCUCCUAAAAGAAAAGUAAUCAGCCUUAAGGAAUCAUAUCUCACGUUCAUAUUUUAUCAAAUUAAGUACAUUUUUACAGAAAAAGUGAUCAAUUGUUGAAAAAAAAACAUUUCAGGUCAUAAACUAAACCGAAAUCUCAGUGGUUGAAGCAGUUUUAAGGCAAACAGAACGGUGUGAUUCGAGGCUUUGUUUUAAACUGUAACGUAAUUCCUUAUGGGCCUUCAGCUGCUCUUUUACUGAUAAUUUGUCUUUUUUUAUAUACAGUUGAGCAGCUCUCUACUGAUUUAUCUGAACAGCCCGCCAGCUGCCUUGUUGUACAUAUCCUGGAGGGUGUGUUUGUGUGUAAGCCUCACUCUUUCCUUUGUUCGUUGUGUUUGACCUCCUGUUGUACAGACUCUUGUACAGACGACCAGCUAACAUGUGGAACACACAAGCUCAUGUACAUAAGAAAAUACAUAAUAAAGAAUUCCAACUGUC